UCUGGUGGUCCAUUGAUCUCCAACGGAAAACAAGUUGGUGUCGUCUCAUGGGGAUUCGGCUGUGCCCGUCCACAGUACCCUGGAAUCUACUCCAGCGUCGAAAACAUGCGCGCAUUCAUCAAGGAAAAAUCUGGAAUUGAUGUGUUCAGCUAUAUAAGGGUGUGCGAAUUAUUUCAAAUCAGAACCGAAAUCAUGAAGUUCGCAAUUGUAGCUUUGAUCGUGGCUGUUGCCUCAGCCAAUGCUUUGUCCCCACCAAAAUUGGAUGGUCGCAUCGUUGGUGGUGAAACCGUCGACAUCGAGGAUUUCCCUCAUCAAUUGUCCCUGCAAUACUAUGGAAGUCACAUCUGUGGCGCUUCCAUCAUCAGCGGAAAGUUCGCCCUUACCGCUGCUCACUGCACCGAUGGAACUCCAGCUAGCGUACUCAGCGUUCGUGCUGGAUCUUCCAUCCAAGGAUCCGGUGGACAAGUUGUGAAAGUUGUUAAGGUCCACCAAAACCCAAAAUUCAACGCCGUCACCAUCGACUAUGAUGUUUCCGUUUUGGAAUUGGAAUCCGAAAUCAAAAUGGGAGCUGGAGCUUCCGCCAUCCCUCUUCCUAAAGCUGGUGAAAAGGCCGAAGAAGGUGAUGACUCUGUUGUUUCUGGUUGGGGAGCACUUUACGAAGGCGGUGGUUCUCCUUCCCGUCUUCAGGCUGUCCAUGUUAAAAUCAUUGGUCAUGACUCUUGCCAAAAGGAUUACGGAUCAACCGAAAUCACCGACCGCAUGAUCUGCGCCGGAGUUGGCGGUGGAAAGGACGCUUGUCAAGGUGACUCUGGUGGUCCAUUGAUCUCCAACGGAAAACAAGUUGGUGUCGUCUCCUGGGGAUUCGGCUGUGCCCGUCCACAGUACCCUGGAAUCUACUCCAGCGUUGAGAACAUGCGUGCAUUCAUCAAAGAAAAAUCUGGAGUAUGCGAAUUAUUUCAAAUCAAAACCGAAAUCAUGAAGUUCGCAAUUGUAGCUUUGAUCGUGGCUGUUGCCUCAGCCAACGCUUUGUUCCCACCAAAAUUGGAUGGUCGCAUCGUUGGUGGUGAAACUGUCGACAUCGAGGAUUUCCCUCAUCAAUUGUCCCUUCAAUACUAUGGAAGUCACAUCUGUGGCGCUUCCAUCAUCAGCGGAAAGUUCGCUCUUACCGCUGCUCACUGCACCGAUGGAACUCCAGCUAGCGUACUCAGCGUUCGUGCUGGAUCCUCCAUCCAAGGAUCCGGAGGACAAGUUGCGAAAGUUUUAAAGAUUCACCAGCACCCAAAAUACAACAGAAACACCGUCGAUUACGAUAUUUCCGUUUUGGAAUUGCAAUCAGAAAUCAAAAUGGGAGCUGGAGCCUCCGCCAUUCCCUUGCCUGCGGCUGGUGAACAGUCGAAGGAAGGUGAUGACGCUGUUGUUUCUGGAUGGGGAGCUCUUUCAGAAGGUGGUGGCUCUCCUUCCCUUCUUCAGGCCGUCCACCUUAAGAUGAUUGGUCAUGAUUCUUGCCAGCAUGAUUAUAAUCAGAGUCCAAGCAAACCAGAAAUCUCUGAUCGUAUGAUCUGCGCCGGUGUUGGUGGAGGAAAGGACGCUUGUCAAGGUGACUCUGGUGGUCCAUUGAUCUCCAACGGAAAACAAGUUGGUGUCGUCUCCUGGGGAUUCGGCUGUGCCCGUCCAGAAUACCCUGGAAUCUACUCCAGCGUUGAGAACAUGCGUGCAUUCAUCAAAGAAAAAUCUGGAGUUUAA